GCCUGAUUGUCUCGUUAGGUUGAUUCUUUGAGAGACAGCUGUUGAGAGAAACGUUUAACGUAUAGCUAACUUUGGUCAGUGUUUUUACCUGUUCGGAGGUAUCUUUUUUAUUUGUAAAUCGGUCUAUGGCUCAACACAAACUUUGUUAUUAGGUUGUCAGCUUUUAAAGGCAUGAACAGGCUCAAAAAGAAGAAACAAAACGCAGGAGUUGAGGUGAAUGGGAAUGGAUCUGUCACAAGAGAGCCAGAUUGUGGGAGGAAACAGAAGUUAGCUGAGAUCCAUCAGGCUUUGAUCAAUGAUCCAGUGGACAUUGAGACCCUGAGGAGGGCAGCAGGCAGUAAGGGAGGGCUGCUCACCGAUGAACUGAGGAGGAAGGUCUGGCCCAAACUACUGAACAUCAAUGUGUACGAUCUGCCUCAUAAACCUGGUCGAGAUGUGAGGGAAAACCACAAGGACUUUAACCAAGUAGUCCUUGAUGUCAGGAGGUCUAUGAAGCGGUUCCCUAAAGGUAUGCGCGCCUCAGAGAGAGCUGUGCUUCAGGAGCAGAUGAUUGACAUCAUACUGGAGGUUUUGAAACACACCCCCCAGCUCCAUUACUACCAAGGCUACCAUGAUGUGGCGGUCACUCUGCUGCUGGUGGUUGGGGAGCGGAUGACCAUCGCCAUGCUGGACACUCUGUCCAAUCACCAUCUCAGGGAUUUCAUGGAUCCUACCAUGGACAGCACUAAACACAUUUUAAACUACCUGAUGCCUAUAUUGGAACAAGUUGAUACAGAACUACAUGACUUCAUGAUCAGAGCGGAGGUGGGAACCAUCUUCGCCCUGUCCUGGCUCAUCACAUGGUACGGCCACGUGCUGUCAGACUUCAAACACACCAUGAGACUCUACGACUUCUUCCUGGCCUCACACCCUCUGAUGCCCAUCUACCUCGCUGCUACGAUUGUGUUACACAGAGAGAAGGAGGUGAAGAAGACUGAGUGUGACAUGGCCAUGGUCCACCACCUCCUCUCCCGCAUCCCCCAGGACCUCCCAUACGAACUUCUGAUUGGCCAGGCCCAGGACCUGUUCGACCAGUACCCUCCAUCCCUACUGGCCAAGCGCGCAGCACUGCAGCCCCGCAAGAGUCUGUCCAUCAGCACCUUCCAGGCGUUUCAGCUUGCCACCCUCCAUCAGAGGCCCGACUCCGUUCUCAAACGCCUCACCAAGGCCCAGGACUCCAGCACCUCCAGACAAGCCUCUCGAUACUCAGGUCUGGAAGCAGCUUUGCCCCAAGAGCGAGGCCAGCUGUGGGGGAAGGGGAACAGGAUGGUGAAGAUGGCAGUGUGGGGGCUGUCCGCCACGCUCGGGGCCGCCGUGUUCGCUGUGGCUCAAACGGCUAUGGACUGGGGACCCGAGGCGUUACUACAACUGUUCUGAGGUGGCGCUGGGGAUUUAGACCAUUAGACACACAGUGACACAUGUUGACCGCAGACACACAUCUGCUCUUCAGGAGGAUCAACAAUGAACAAUCAAACAUACACAUGCAAAGACGUUUAAGCUCUUUUCUCCUGCUGAGAGGAAACAGGAGAGGUAAGUUAUCCUGGUGCCAAACAGGUUGUUGCUACUCAACCACAAUGAACAUAUGUUGGCCACUAGCAAGCCUUGGGAUGUGUGUGCAUGUGUGUGAGCAGGUGGUUGUGUGAUAUAUGUUUGAGUAUCUCAUACCUCAUGCUGCAUGUGAGCAUGAAUGGAUGACUGAGUUAGCCUACUGCGCACCUUGACCUCUUGGGCCCCUGGGCCAGAGACCUUUUUUUUUUUUAAUCAAUCAAAAGACCAAAAAGAGACGGAAAGCAAUCACUAACAACCAAAAAUACAAUGCAUCACACCUUAAGAGACCAAAAAAAACAACGUUAAUUGACCACAUAAAGACGCAAAACAACCACAAGAACAAGCAACACAACCACAUAGAGACAUAAGACGCUGACACAAAUACACACAACCACUGCUCAUGGUCCUUUCAUGCAUGUGAGACACUAACACUGAAUUGUCGGUGUAACAUGUCUGUGCAUUUGCUGCUUAUUUUGCUGACUAAUUUUUAGAAUUUCAUGCCUGUUUCCUUGCACUUCUGUUGUUGGUGUUUAAGUGCGCUUGUUGGAUCUGCAGCCAUAUCUGAAAAGUGCACAUAGCCAGCACGAUGACACAUGAAUACAAAUUAUUAAAGAGUGGUGUUUUCAGCUGAAAGCUUCCAGUUAUGAGCAAAAAAGGAGAGAGGGAGAGAAAAGGCAAAGAUGGAGGGAGAGAUUGUUCCUGUGAGCCUCUGGUAUUAAUUGCUUUACUGCGGGUGUCAGCAUGUUACAUUUAGAGUAGAGUUUGUCACACAAAACGAGUUGUUGCUGCCUUAAAAUGUGAACAUUACACAAGGUUAGCACGAUGCACUCGAUGCAAGCAGUUGGCCUUUGGUUGUGUUGUUAAGGGGAAGACACAAGUACUUUUACAUUCUUGAAAUAUUUAUCAGGUUUGCAGCAACAUCCACCCUGAGCAGCCUUCAAGAGAACAUCAUAUUUCUCGUGUGCAUUUUAAAGCUACUCUGAUUAUUUUAUGUAGGAAGAAAUUGUGCUUUUUAUUUCAUUAGGUAAAGAAGUUAACAACCUGUAUAGCCCACCCUGUAGAUAUUAUUGGAUUAAACGUAAUCAAUGAGUUUCAGCGCCCGAAAAGUAAACAUUAAUUAAUAAUACAGGCGUUCCAACUGAGGUGCAUACAUAUGUACAGGGCACGGGGGGGGCUCCAAACAGCAAUGCAUGCUCUGUGUCGUCUUAUGUUCUGAAAUAUUUAUCGGCUUUUACUAGCAUGUUGCCUGGUUGCGUCUGUUAACACAACUUCACCGGGGUCUCAACACUCCUCUUUUUCCGACAUCAGAAAUGUUGUGUGCUAUCUUUGUCGGAUUUCAUGUGAAGUUUGCCCUGUUGAUGUAUGUUGCUCUGAAGCACAUUAAUUCAACUGGUGUGUGCUUUGUUGUGUAUGAAAUUACAGAAGAAAGAGAGACAAUCAAAUGUUUAGCCUCAGAGCAAUCUGACAAGGAUAACAGAGCUCAGUAGUUCACAAACCAAUUAAUCUAUCACUCCAUUAAGUAGUCAUUUUAUUCAAAAGUCAAUACAUAAAUCAAUAAACUCAGGUAGUCUGCUGGUCUUUAAGCCAGUUAGGAUUCAGACACCGAGUCAGUCGGCGUGCUGCGUUGCUUGUUGGAAAAGCCUCUGCAUGUUCCCCUCAUCAGUCUGACAAGCUAUGUGAUGUAAAACAUCAUGUGUGCGUGGUCGGAUGAUUAAAUGCAAUAAGUGUGUGCUUGUAGUUUGUGUGUAUGUGUGUGUAAGAGAGAGAGGGAGAGACAUAUUUCAUUUUCUUUGCUGAUUUAAAUUGCUGAGCAUCUUCUGUGUUUCUUUUUAUUGUUUGCUUUCCAAAGUAUCUCAAUAUGAACUAUCAACAGUCUAACUAUUUAUUUUAAGAGCAACAAUCUGAAUGGCUAUUUAUGUAAUGGUUACAUUGGAUUUUAUGAAUGAUUAUUUAAGAUUUAUAUUUUUGGUAUAAAUUAAUUGAUCAUUAUUGUUUGCAAUUUGAGGGUUUAUGUUUUUAAAGUUGAUCCAAUUUGUUUUAAGUAUAAAAUACUGUAUCUGGUCAGUCAUUUAAUAAAUACAUAUUUGCUAUC